AUGGUUAUUCGUGGUUUUACAACCGUCUCGGUGCCCACCAAAUGCUACGACAAUGGAUCCCCAGAGUGCAGUACUACUACUGAAGGUGGUCAGAACCUGUGUUGCGAUUCUUAUGACCCAACCUGCUUCACUGCUUUCUAUUCGACUACCACUUCAGAGACGUUCACAUACUUUACUUGCUCGGAUAACAUAGCAUUUUCGAAUCCUGCAACAAUGUCGACUACCAAGUUAGACACCACAACGAUAACGGGCAGCGCAGGGACCAGCAGCGCCGUGAGUUCAACAUCCGUUGGAGUGGCGGCCUCUAAUGAACCGAGCAGUCCCGAUACUGCAAAAGGUUUAACAUCUCCCACUGCGAAAGCCACAACGGCACAGCCGCCCUCCAGUGUUCCCGUCGGCGCGAUAGUCGGAGGCUCUCUGGGCGGCCUGGCUAUUACUGCUGCAGUCGCUGUAGCAUUAGUGUGGAUAUUAUGUGUGACACGUGAGGGUGGCCGAUUUCAUAAGAGCCGCCCUGUUGAAGCGAAUGUUGAUGAUACCAACGCUGGUGGUGGCGCGGCCCAACCUGGAGAGAUUGGAUGCAAGCCCGAAUUGUCUGCCACAUCACCAGCUACCGUCCCCAGAUUGAUGUCAUUACCGUCAUUCCAGCAAGGACCACAUCUGGGGAGAGGAAAUGAUUCUGCACUAAGACCAGAAUUGCCAACAGGAUAG